UUAUGCUAACAUCGCCAGGGCAGGCAAGGCAAGACAAGUCAAUAAUCGUCUAGACAAUAGCAACACUGGAACAUUUCCGAGACUUGUUUCCUUUCAGUGUCUAUUCCCUUGUCUCAUUACAGAGUCUAUUUUCAAACUCAAGAAAUACCAACAGUGAUGGGAAAGAAUAGGACUACCAGCUCUGGUCUUCAUCCACACUGUGAAAAAUGUCAUAACCAGAACUGCAAGGUUCCUGUAGACAUCCCGACUUCAUGCAUCUUCAUUUCCUGCCACCUGAAAUGCGGAGCUGCUUUCCACCUUUGUAAAGUGGAAGAGCAUGGUCUUCUCUGCCCUAAGGAAAUUGUACCCUGCCUUAACUCUGGUUAUGGCUGUCCCAUGACAAUGACUCGUCAAAGACUUGCCCAGCACCUAGAAGUGUGUCCUGCCAGUGUCAUCACAUGUACGCUGGAAUGGAACCGAUGGCCUGUGAACGAGACUGAUACCACCUUCUACAGGAACGCCCUCCAAGAUCCGAACUGCGCGAGUCAGUUGGAUCUUGCUAUGGCCCUUAGGGAUCAGAAGCUUCUGUUUAGCUCAAUUCAGAUGAAGACACUCUUCCCUGAGUUGAUAGAGAAGAUGGAAGAACCUGAAGUUCCACUGGAUGGUGCUGUAGGAGGUGUUGAUCCAGAGCGCUGCGAGUCUCAGAACAUAAACCCGGAAGAGAUGCUGGAGAUUAGUCUUAAUGGGGAAGAGGUACAAGAACUAACACAAGAAGAAAGGUUGGCCCUGGCUAAGAGUAAAGAUGUGGCCUGCUUGGAGAACUACGGGAUGUGGGAGAGAAUGUUUGCAAAGGAGAAGGAAGGAUGCAAGCAAACUGUGAAGAAUUUAGAAGAUAAAAGUUGUCAGACUAAGGACAAGGAAGACCCCAAAGUGACUCCUCAGAAUUCAAAUGAUGCAGAGAUUGCCAGGACAGGUUUAGCCCCUUGGCAAGAUGGUGUUCUUGAUAGACUACGUAAAGAGGUUAACGUGGCAGAGUAUAAUAUGUAUCUGGUGCACAAUGGAUGUAUGCUUAUCAACUUUGGCCAGCUAGCUGCUUGCACACCUAAAGAGAAAGAUUUUGUUUAUGGAAAUUUAGAGCCUAUUGAAGUUCAAACCAUACGCUCUUUCAACGUGCCGAUCAGCUUCAGAGCCAAGCGUAGUCACCUCAAGGAUCCCUCACAAAUGGUUAAGAAGACAGACCAAAAUGUGGACACAUCUGAUUUAGGCAUUGCCAUUGAAGAGCUCCCAAAGGCGAAUGAAGUAGAGACCACACUGCUGUGCUGUCUAGAAAGAGAACUAAAAGGUCAUCAGAUUUCUGAGACUGUUGGAACCGACGGGUUGUAUGUUGACUUUGGCACCCAGACCUAUGAUUUCCAUUCUGCUCCAUUCAAAAGUGAUGCAUCUUUGGCCGAUGUUGUCGCGGACCAGCCUCAAAACCUACAUGUGCAGAUUCAGACCGAAUGUGUGACUAGAAGACACAAUAAAUCCUGCUCAGCCUUUACUUACCUGUGCUGUCAUGCCUUCAGGCGUGAUGAAUACCCCUGGCACUUUAGGAACGUGCAUGGAGACAUACAGUCAUGUCUUACUGGCUGGUUUUUACAGCGGUGCCCGCUGGCUUACCUUGGUUGCACCUUUAGCCAGAAGCAAUUUCGACCAUCUAAAUAUCGGGCUACCAUAAGCUAUGAUACAGAUCUUAGCACUUUCAUCUUACAACCAAAGGUGGCAGCGUCACUCUACAAAGGAGUAAAAACCGUUAGCAGUGAACGCAAACGAGCAAGAAAUCUAGAUUCUCUGAGCAGACUUCCUUUUGAGAUCUUACAACACAUAGUGAGUUUUCUGGAUAGUAUGUCUUUGGGUCGUCUCUCUCAGGUUUCCCAGCUAAUGAGGGAAGUGUGCAGCACUGUUGUUCAGCAGAAGGGCAUGGUGUCCCUCAAAUGGGAGAAAAAGACAUAUUCUCAUGGUGGAUUUACCUGGAGGGCCCGAAAAAAGGCAUGGGAGUUUAGCAGUCUGUUCUCUCCAGUGGAUAAAUGGGUCUUUGAAGACAUGCCUCCCAUGGCAGAGCACCUGAAGGUCUGUCCUUUCUACCACAAAGAGAUCAGAAGUGAACCUGUGGCGUUACCCAGCAUGACAGAUGUCCAGGAGAGAAGAGGAAAGUUCCAGACUCUUGUCAAUAGUGUCUUCAUUUCUGACAAGACACAUGAAGAAUAAAAGACAAGCUUGUAGCACAAGCUGUCGACAUAUCAAAUAAAAGCAUGCUGCAAGCAGUGACCUCAUUACAUAUCUUCUAGUAGAAUUAAUGCUUUAGUCAGUGUCAACUUUGAACGGAUUUUCUUUUUUGGGUAAACUGUUCUAACUAUUGGCAGGUCUUUGCUGACCUCUAGUGGCUGAAAAAUACACCGUUAUAUACGCAUGCUUCAAAAAUAAACUUAAAGGGGUAGUUCGUCCAAAAAUAAAAAUAGUCGUCAUUUAUUCAUGUUCAUGUUGCUCCAAACCUGUAUACAUUUAUUUCAUCUGCUGGACACAAAAGAAAAUAUUUUGAAGAAUGAUAGUAACCGGUAGCCAUUGACUUUUUCUGUACUGUAGAAGUCAGUGGCUUAAUGCAACCUGAGGGUAAAUGAUGACAGAAUUUUCCUUUUUGGGUGAACUAUUACUUAAUAAUAUAUAUUUAUAUUUAGUAAGAUGCCAUAGACUAAGUGCGAAAAUGCUUCUAUUUUGCAUUUAAUACUUGGUUCAUUACAAAUUUUACUGUCAUCAUAACAAUUUGAUUUAUAUGUUUAUAAAACAAAACAAUGUCUUUUUUUUGUCCUUGGAUUAUUGACAGCAACACUCAACUGUAUAAAAUCUUCAGUUGUUCUAUAGCAUGAUUUUAAAAUCUGUACAAAUCAUCACAUGAUCAAUGCACACAUUUACCUAAUCAGUGACCUAUAUCUUAAAUAUUUCUCAAAUUUAUGUCUUUACAUUUUUUUUUCCCAUUAUAAAAGGUUAGUUCCAUCAUAAAGUUCCAUCAAAAAGAUUAUUUAUCUCUUCUAUAUAUAUAUUCAUCCAUUAUCCUCAUAUCCCCCAAAGUCCCCUCACUUAUAAAAACCAGGGAAGUACAAAGCUAAUAAAUGUAUGCCUUUGUUACAAUACAAUGUAUAUAAUUACCAUCCAUAUUUUCCAUCUCUAUAGCAUGUCUGACAUUUCUGGGUUGCGUAGUUUAUUGAUGACCUCUGACAGCAUGCGGUUGCAUAGGGCAGUGGAGGGGUUCAAGAUCACAGCCUGCUGCCGAACAAACUCACUGCCUAGAGCUGCUGCCUUCUCAAAGUCCACCCAAACCUCCUCAUCAUGACCCAACAACCUUAGAAGGAGCCCACGCUGGACCAGAGCCUUGCAAGCUGAUCGCCCAACACUGCCUCUGAGAGUUCAGUGAGAUUACCCAAAAAAGUAACUAAACACUUCACACUUGUUUAAACCCAUACAAUUUUAUUGUAGAAAUCUAUAAAUGUUGUAGAAACUUAAUUUUCUGUAAAGUUGCUUUGUAACGAUUUGUAUCGUAAAAAGCGCUAUACAAAUAAACUUGAAUUGAAUUGAAUAAUUUCUAUUC